CCCCACACACUCUUUUAUGGCCCUGGUGUCAUAUUUUCUCUUUGCUUUCCAGUUCCUUCACACUAGGAAGGUGACCACCACUAUUCCCCAGACUCUCGCCUCCAUCUCAACCAGCUCCUAUCCCCAGUUAAAGAGGAGCUGCCUCCAGCAAGAUAUCAAAGGGACCUUAUUUUCAACCUAACACACUUCCUCUGUCUACUAGGGCAGAGAAGACAUUUCCUCCCAGCCCCCCAUUGACUGUGCUUUAAAUUGGACCUCAUAGGGGACUUCAACUCGUGACUGGUUGACUUGGAACAAGCGAGAGGAUGAAGGGGCCGUGGCUGGUUCUUGCAGCUCUGUGCCUCACCUUGGCAAACCUGGGUGCCAGGGCAGAGGACGGGCUUGAUUUCCCAGAGUAUGAUGGAGAGGACAGAGUAAUUCACAUCAACCUGAAGAACUAUAAGGCGGCUCUCAAGAAGUACGAGGUUUUGGCCUUGCUCUAUCAUGAACCCAUCGAGGAUGACAAAGCAUCCCAAAGACAGUUUGAGAUGGAGGAGCUCAUUUUGGAGUUAGCAGCCCAAGUCCUGGAAGAUAAAGGUGUGGGUUUUGGUUUGGUUGACUCUGAGGAGGACGCAGCUGUAGCAAAGAAACUGGGACUGGGAGAAGAAGACAGCAUCUAUGUUUUCAAGGAUGAUGAAGUCAUUGAGUAUGAUGGUGAAUUUUCUGCUGACACUUUAGUGGAGUUCCUUUUGGAUGUGCUGGAGGAUCCUGUGGAGUUUAUUGAUGGAAGCCAUGAACUUGCUGCAUUUGAAAACAUUGAGGAUGAGCCCAAACUUAUAGGAUACUUCAAGAAUGAAGAAUCUGAACAUUACAAGGCCUAUGAAGAUGCUGCAGAGGAGUUUCACCCAUACAUCCCAUUUUUUGCAACAUUUGACAGCAAGGUUGCCAAGAAGCUUACUCUCAAGAUAAAUGAGAUUGACUACUAUGAACCCUUCCACGAUGAGCCACUUACAAUCCCCAACAAACCCAACAGUGAAAAAGAGAUUGUAGACUUCCUUCACCUGCACAAGAGACCAACACUGAGGAAACUCAAGCCAGACAGUAUGUAUGAAACCUGGGAGGAUGACUUGAAUGGAAUCCACAUUGUUGCCUUUGCAGAAGAGGAUGACCCUGAUGGUUAUGAAUUCCUGGAGCUUGUUAAAGAAGUUGCAGAGGACAAUACAGAUAACCCUGACCUCAGCAUCAUUUGGAUUGACCCAGAGGACUUCCCACUGUUGAUUCCAUACUGGGAGGAUAAGUUUGACAUUGACCUAUCAAGACCUCAUAUCGGUGUGGUGAAUGUUUCAGAUGCUGAUAGUAUUUGGUUGGAAAUGGAUGAUGAAGAGGAUUUGCCCACAGUAGAUGAGCUGGAAGACUGGAUUGAAGAUGUUUUAGAUGGAGAUAUUAAUACUGAAGAUGAUGACGAUGAUGAUGACGAUGAUGGCGACGACGAUGAUGAUGACGACGACGAUGAUGAUGAUGACGAUGAUGACGACGAUGAUGAUGACGAUGAUGAUGAUGAUGAUGAUGACGACGAUGAUGAUGAUGAUGAUGACGAUGACUAAACAGUCAUUGAUAAAGUCGUUAGUAUCUAACUAGAUUAUAUAAAUUUAUUCACAAGUAAAUAAAUGACUUUGACAGCAGUGUAUUUUUAUAUAAAUUCUUGAAAUGUAAUCUGUCUUUCCAUGAUCCCAUAAGGCUAAUAGUUUCAACACAGUAGUUCUGAUGGACAAAUGUCGAGUAGACAGAUGCCAACAUUCACUGAUCCAUAAUGUCACUUAGAUAUUAUGGAUGGGUGAAUGUAUCAACACAUUUAUUAAAAAUAACAAAUGUUAUAAACCAGUUUUAAACAUUUGCCGAAUAUUUAACAUUCAUUUUUUGCUAAUAAAUGUUAAGUUUCUGAUAUUGAUGUUAUAUUUAGUUCUGACAAUUAACAUUCAAAUGUUGACUAUCAUAAUCUUAAUUGUAAAUCUAAGGAAUCAGAAUUCAAAUGUAAUUGAAUAAUAUCUAUUUGAAUGUUGACAUUUGUUCUAUAGCAACAUAAAAAUUGUAGAAAAAUAUUAAGACAAUUGCUUUUCUAUCUAUAUGAAAAACAAGACAUUUAUCUAUCCCUGCUACAGAUUUCUUUAAGAGUAUUUAAAACCUAAUUCUUUUUUUAAUCUGUUAACCCAUAGCAUGGACUUACAAGACUUUCCCAUUCAAAAGUAAGACUGAUUAUUGAAGUCCUAGAAUAUCAUAAUGGAUUGCCCAAGAAUAUCAAUGGUGUUAUUUAAAUGACUUUGACCAAUAAAUACUCCAUAUAAGCUGCAAGUAUUCAGUGAAUCCAGGUCAACUAAAAUGACAUGACUGACGUACAGACCAAGUAAUAAUUUAGAUUUUUAUUUAUGGCAAAGACUAUUGUCCAUCAUCUUCACUCCACUGCAGUGCUAGAAAUGGGCCGAUACCAAGCUUGAUAUCUGAUACUCACAGCUUUAAUUUUCCUAUAUAUUUUGUUGAAUGCAACAUUUACAUAUUUCAAAUGUAACAUUUGAAUGAAGUGAAAGACCAGUCAAUAUUUUUUAUACUUUGAUGACAGUAUCAAUUCAUUUUGAUACUCUGUAAGUAUCAUGGGUAUCAAGGUAUUGAAAAUACUUACAGCCCAUAUUAAUACAGUGCUAACCAAUGACAUUACAUUUCCAGUUCCAGCCAAUGUUGGUGUCAUUGUGUUUUCAGAAUGCAUAUUAUUACACAUAAUUAACUUGUCUUACAAAUGUGUAAAUUCUUCUAAACUAUACCUAUGUGCUAAUAGCUUGUAUGUUAGCCUCCAAAAUUGUAUAGGAUAUCAUCUUUGCUCAACAACUACCUCCUGGGUUGAUGUCAUUGUAAGAAUUUGCAUAAUUAUUUUUUUUGUUUGUACAAAAUAUCCAUACAUAUAAUUGACAACAAAUGUAACAAAUUUUUAUUUAUAUCUGACAAUCCAGUACAAAAAUGUAUCAAAUAUAUUCAUCACUCGCAAGGUCUUAAAUUAUGGUGUCCUUUGCUGUGACUUUUGGGAAAGGAAAAAAAAAUAAGCAGAAGGAUCCCAGAUUCUUAAACCUUUAUGGUACAAAAUAAGAAAAUAAUUAACAACAAAA